AUGUCUUCGUACUACAGGUUCCCGUUUCGGAUAAAAGGCGGUCAGGCGAGCUGUGCUGCUGCUUUUUCCGAGGGUCACCCGAACGCACCACGAGGUUAUGUGGACACAGCAUCUUUCACUUUCCUCCGCCGUACAAUGGACUAUAAAAACGAGGAGUCAAAGGCAAGGAAGCUCACUCCGGCUGUGGAUGACAACGCCGAUGAAUAUUUAAUCGACCUGCAGCACAAAAACAGGAUUCUGAAUCGUCUCAAAGUCAAAAGCUAUAAAGAGAUCGAGUUGGAAAGACUAGAACAAGGAUUUUCCAUUUAUUUCAACGGAGCCAAUGCAGAUUCCUGCAAAAAGUGGGAACGGAGCCCCGAACGCAAACACGUCAGCGCCUGCACCACAGAUGUCUGCGAAAGCGCUCAGCGGCUAAGUGAAGAUUUGGAGCCCGGCGAGCAGAGGAGCUGCACCGCCCCCGGGAAGGUCCAGAGGAGAGAAUGGUCGCAGGAUUCAGUCAUAAUCCGAACGGAGGACGGCACCAGUUUGAAGAUAGUCCCGGAAAAGCGCUACUUUGAUGAUUUUGAGCCUUAUGAAAGUAUAGACAUGGAGAGCUCCAGCCCACGCUCCUCGAGGGACACCUGUGCGCUUUCGCGCGCUUUCGCCGCCGGGUCAGACGGUCAGGCGGGACCUGCGAGUCAGGAGCACGGCGAGAAGGUGCUUCUUAAUCUGGAGGAAGUCAAGGUUUUAAGGCGCAGUCUGGAGAACAGCAUGCGGCGAAGCAGCCGAGGCUCGGCGGGAGAGGAGUCAGACGAAGAGUGGGUGGAGGAACAACUGGAACGCGCCGAGAGCACCGAGAGUCUCGACGAACUGGGACUUCCCGUGUCGUCCUCCAAAUCUUCGGCCAACUCUCGAGCCGGCGGUCCGCAGAGUCACUUCGACCCGGCCAACCUCAUUGUCCUCGACUUUGGACCGGCGCUGAAAGGUCGCAAACUUGAACGUUCAUUGUCAGCUAAGAGAAAAGAAAACAGCGACUCCUUCAUACCCGCCAAACCACUUCUGGUGAAAAGCAAAACGUUAGAUAUACCACCUUCAAAAGACAGCUGGGGUCAUCCGAGGCCAAUAAGUCAAGCAGAGAGGCCGCUAUCGGCCACCCGGAGAGUUUCCAAGCCGGAGAGAGACCCGGACGAGGUGGCUCUCCAGGUGUGUCAAGCCAUCCAGAGAGAAAACCACAGUCCUGAUCUUUUUUCUCGCAAAACGGGCAGAGGGCAGCAGAUGAUGAACGGCUUAGCGCGCAGCAACACUGACGAUAAAGAGGAGAGUGGUGUCGCCGUGGCCAUGCAGCGAAUCACUCUCAUGGGAUCCAGGGAGCAGCACAAACUGCUGAAAGCCUUGGAGGAGCUCGAAUCUGCGCCCCCAUCCAACAAUCCUCAGGGUUUCCAAGCAGAAUCCGCCAAACCCCCGCCGAGGCGCUCGUCCGAGGUCCCGCCUGCUCUUUACAUCACCAUGGAGAUCCUGUCCAACUGGGGCCACCGGAUGCUGGUGGGCCUGACUGAACUACAGUUUUUGGGCCCGAGUAACAAGAAGCUGUAUGUGUCGCCGCACGACCUGGACAUCAGGAAUGCCGACUAUCCCGGGAAUCUACCGGCACUCGUCAACGGCAAGGCUAAGACCACCAAGGAGCGCCACAUGUGGACGUGCCCUUUCCAUCCCCCCAUCCAGCUCUACUUCAUCAUCCGCAAUACGGAGCGCUCGGCGGAUUUUCGGAUCUCUCGCAUCAAAAUCUGGAACUACAACCGAAGCCUCAACGAACUUGACAUCGGCGCACGCCACGUGAAGUUGUACCUGAACAGCACGCUCGUAUUUGAGGGCGAGCUAGAGCGUGGUUGCGGCAACCAAAUUUUCGACUACAGCACCACCGUGGAGCUCCAGGACUUCCAGACAGAAUCCUUAUUUUCCAGCCCUUCCUCUUCAGGGUACAACCUCCGGGGGGCCACCCCCCAUCGCCACGAUGACGGUACAGUGCACCAGCACCUCAGUUCCACUCUGCCGGCGUCAGAUGCAUCCGACCAGGCUAUGACGGACACUCAGGAAAGCUCUCGGGCUCCCCUUCCUCCCCUUUCCGCUCGGCGUUCCUUCGAAGAGCACGUGCCGGCGACGACUGUCACUGUGCAGCCGUCGUCCUCGAGGAUGACCCCACAGUGGCUGCAGCCCUUGAAGCGAGCCGCCCCCGAGGGCUGCGAGGCCGGUCGCGAGCGACCGCGCUGGCUCGUGCCUCAGCAGCCCCCCGCUGAGGCAAAAUCGUUGCUUCCGGAGCUGCCGUGUAACCCUGGUCGGGUGUGCAGGGGCGGAGAGCGGGCAGCCAACGGGGCGCAGCGGAAAGCAGAUUCUCUAGACCUGGACUGUGACCUGCUGGACGAGCUUGGGGAGCAAAAGCACGAGAGGCCGUUUAGCGGACGGAGGAGCUCCUUGAGAAAUAGGUUGACGGAGGAGCAACACAAGUCAAACACAGAAGCCAACGCCAGCAGGAGGCAGCGGACCCCGCGACCCCUGGGCCACAGCCACCGGGACGACACCCUAAUGGAAUCGUGGGACUCCCUCACCAAGUUCAACCAGUGCCAACGCGGUCGCAUCUCUAACACGGGCUUGGACGGGGAGGUCUUUGAGGACUUCCAGCAACAACACGGCCGGGGCUCCCCGGCCGCCCCCGUCAACCUCUCCGCUGCGGCCGCCCGCCCAUCUUCGAACUUUCCCGCCACCCGAGGGUUUCCGGGCGACGGCCCUGACGGGGAUUGCUUUCCGGAGCAGGAGGAAGAGUUUGAGAUCCCGGUGCUCCCCAAAGGCCAACGCUUGGUCAUCAACAUUCUCUCCACUUGGGGGGACCGGCACUACGUGGGCCUCAACGGCCUAGAAGUCUUCAGCUCCAGUGGCGAGCCCCUCCGACCGGCUCGCAUCAACGCCGACCCACCCGACAUUAACAUACUCCCGGCGUACGGCAAGGACCCCCGCGUGGUGACCAACCUGACCGACGGCGUUCACCGCACGCAGGAUGACAUGCACCUGUGGCUCGCCCCAUUCACACCUGGUCGGCGCCACACUGUUUUCCUGGACUUUGGACACGCCCAUCAGAUUGCCAUGAUCCGGGUGUGGAAUUACAACAAGUCGCGCAUCCACUCUUUCCGGGGCGUGAAGGAGGUGGAGAUGCUGCUCGACGGGAGGUGCAUCUUCCGGGGCGAGAUCGCCAAGGCUUCUGGGACUCUUUCGGGAGGAUUGGAUCAAUUCGGAGACACAAUUUUGUUCACGACUGAUGACGACAUCCUUGAGGCCAUGUCCCGUUAUGAUGAAACAUUCCUUGGUGAGAGUGAAACGUCAGACAAUCCGGUACACGAAGAGGAGCUGCGUCGACCGCGAACUGCCGACGGCGAGGGCGAAGAACGACCUUUUACGCAGGCCGGCUUCCGAGAGGAGGACCUCGCUGCGAAACUUCAACUCAACGUCAACGUAAGCCAGUUGGAAAACACAGAGCAAAUUCCUGGGAUGUACACCGGAAAGUGCCUUCGUUUGGAGCUAGUGUCGACAUGGGGAGACUCCCACUACGUAGGCCUGACGGGACUGGAAGUAGUCGGGAAAGAUGGGGACGGUUUACCCUUGGAUCUCAGUAUCGUGGCCGCCUCACCCGAGGAUCUCAACGAGCUUCCAGAAUACAGACAUGACUGGCGUACCCUCGACAAGCUUAUCGAUGGCCACAACAUCACCACGGAUGACCACCACAUGUGGCUGAUCCCUUUCUCCUAUGGAGAACCUCAUACGGUGACCAUCACCUUCCCUCAGGCGCAGACCAUCGCCGGGCUUCGCAUAUGGAACUACAACAAGUCGCCUGAGGACUCGUACAGAGGGGUAAAGGUAAUCCAUGUAAUACUUGACGACAUCGCCAUUUCGCCAGUUGAGGGCUUCCUUAUCAGGAAAGGACCAGGAAACUGUCAUUUUGACUUUGCGCAAGAGAUCCUAUUUGUGGACUAUCUUCAGAUAUCCGUUGAAAACAAGACACACUUCAACUGUGCCCACUUCAGGCGAAGUGCCAAGAAAGCAGAACAAGCCAGCAUGGACUAUGAAGCUCCCAUCAUGCCUUGUGGAUUCAUCUUCCAGCUACAACUGUUAACCACCUGGGGAGACCCGUACUACAUUGGCCUGAAUGGUCUUGAGUUCUACAACCAGAAUCAUGAGAAGAUCACCCUCAGCGAUAAUAACAUCGCCGCUUUCCCAGACAGCGUUAACGUCCUGGACAACGUGAGUGGUGACGUGAGGACUCCAGAUAAAUUAAUAGAUGGUGUCAACAGCACUCAGGAUGGAAGACACAUGUGGCUUGCGCCUGUGCUACCUGGACUAGUGAAUCGUGUUUAUGUCAUCUUUGACCAGCCAGUGACCGUGUCCAUGAUUAAGCUUUGGAAUUACUCCAAGACCCCGCUGAGAGGAGUUAAAGAAUUUGGGCUGCUUGUGGAUGACCUCCUAGUGUACAACGGCAUUUUGGACAGUGUGAACCAUGUGAGCCGCGGCAUUCUUCCCACGUGCGACGUGGCGGUGCCAUAUCACACCAUCCUCUUCACCGACAACGCCUAUAUCGCGCAUCGCGAAAGGAACACUGUCAUCAGUAAUUAUGUGGAAGACCAGGAUGUGAAGAUGACCAAUGAGAAUCAGAUCGUCCAUCACAACAAAAAGAAGCAGGCAGCGGACCCAGCUCUUCGGCCCAAAACCUGUAUGACUGACGUGGGAAAACCGGGACAGAGGAGAUACUGA